GCCUCACUUUGACCAGUAACUGUUUUCCAAUGGCAUGCUCUUAUUAUUAUAUCAUCAUGUAUAUCAUAUAUACCUAAGUAAAGAACAUGCUUGCAUAAGUAAAUAUCCAAGAUUUGCCUAUGUCACAUUUUAGAUAAAAUGUAUCUAUACCUGAGGGUUUUUAUGCAUUAAAUAGGACACUUUCCUUUUUGGCUUGCUUUCUGCAUUACAUUUCUCUAGCUAUUAAGAUAUGACUAAUGCUCAAUUCAGCUGAAAUGCCAGAAUGCUACAAAAUUAGCUGUAUACUCAACAUGAUAAUUCUAGGCGCCACGACACCAGACAGACCCACACGGGGUUGAUGAAAUCUUGGGAGACCUCGCAUGGAGGAUGGUAAGCAGCAAUGCUCACCAGUGAUCAGGAAGACCAACAGAGCAGCACGUUCCCAGUUCCGUGGUCGAGAAAGUCGGUGGUGGAGAUAGUGACGUUGGACUGACACCACGUACCACAAGUGAACGUGUUCGAGAACAUUCGAAAAAACAAUUCCGCCACAAUUUGAGGAAGGAAAGACACAAAAAAAUUCCCAACACGCCUACACGAUAGUGGUUGACAGUUGACAGUUGACAGUGGACAGAACAAGCCAAGGAAGCACACCAUAUUCGAUUCAUUUCUCUUCGAUCCCACAAUCGCCAAGCGCGUUUAUUUUUUGUGGGCUACUACGUUACCGCUACCAUGCUUUCAACAGUGCUAACCAAGGCCCCUCUCUGGGCAAGGCUCAAGUCAGUCCCAUCCGAGCAUCCGUUUGCUUUCGGAGUUGUUAUUUCGGGUAUCAAGACCUCAUGUUCCGACUUGUUGGUUCAAAAAGUAAUCGAGCGCAAGGAACAAGUGGACUGGAAACGCAACGCUGCAUUCGCCGCCUUUGGCUUCGUCUACCUUGGAGGUGUCCAGUAUGCAAUCUACGUUCCAUUUUUUGGGAGACUCUUUCCCCGAACUGCCGCAUUUGUGGCCAAACCGUUCCGAGAAAAGGUCAAGGAUACCCGAGGGAUUCUUGGCACCGCGGCACAGGUAUUCCUUGAUCAAGCCGUUCAUCAUCCCCUCAUGUACUUUCCAGCUUUCUAUGCGACGAAAGAGCUCGUGAUGAAGGAGAAACCUGACGUUGGACGAGCCAUGAGCGAAUACCGACAAAACAUGAAAGAGGAUCUCUUGGCUCUCUGGAAAGUGUGGGUCCCUGCCACAUUCGUCAAUUUCUUCUUUGCUCCCAUGCAUCUUCGUAUUGUUGGCGUGGCCGCCACUUCUUUGGUUUGGACUUGCAUUCUCAGUGUAAUGAGAGGGGGCGAUGUGCAGCACGCUGAGGACAUGAUUGGAGGAGCUGUCACAGGGGCAUCUUUUACCCUGUUGAAGGAAGGGCUCGACGAAAGGUACAACACUAGUCCGGUCGAACUGGAUCCUGAUCAAGGCCAUCUCUGUAUCUCGGCAGCUGGAAAGCAACGACCAGGUCUUGUGGCCUUGUUGGCUCGUCAUGUUGCCAGUCAGGGUGGCAAUGUCACACACUCCAAAAUGGUACGAUUGGGGGAAGAAUUCAUCAUCCAAAUGCAUGUAGCUGUUCCGCAGGACAAGCAAGUUGACCUGUUGACUAGUUUAGAGUCCAACCCAACACUUCAUGAAUUCAAUAUUCAAGCCACAAAGUUGAACGUCCGAUGCUACAAGAAACAGGCCAAGGCUGUAAUUGGGAUGCAAAUCCAUUGCGUUGGCCGAGACCGACCCGGUAUGUUAGCGGCUGUUGCUGAAAGAAUCGCAGGAAAAGAUAUGUCCAUUGAAAGCGUUGAGACCCAACUGCGCAUGCACGGGGAUCAACGUGAGUUUGUGGUGGACGCACUUGUCAGCUCAAAUAAUGAAUCGGACAAGGAGAACUUGACGGAUUUGCUGAACGACCUCAGCAAAAUAAAGGAGGAGCUGGGUCUUGACACUCUAGACAUUCGUGUUCAAGGCUGCGUGAAGGACUAAAUUGCACUUUGAGAACAACUACCUCAGCUUCCAACGCCCAAUCGUUCAGAGUGAAUUGCUGUUUCCCAAUUUUGAAUUGACCCAUCCAUGUACACACGGUGACUCCCACCAAAUCACAACCAGCCUUCCAUUGCAUAACAAAUCGGCGAGGAGUCACCCAGAUCAAGCGCGGAAACGACAAUCCACCCUUAUAUUAUUGCUUGAUCAGAAUCAAUCCACAGGUUUUAAGUUGAGUCUGUGGGUAUCUCUGCUUGUCCAAAUCAUGCCACGAGACCACCACACCGGUGCUACAGGCUGCUAGUUCUCACUUAGUUAAGAAUAAUUUUGCUAUCAAUCUUCUGAUUCGAUUCAGUACUGUAGCUACCGGUAAAUUUGUCUCAGAGCCGCCGGUAUGGUAUCACGCCCUUCACAUGUUUCUAAAUUUCCGUACCGAUACGGCGUCAGAAGAAGAGCGUCACUGGAGAUCCAUGUACUUCAAGCCUCACUGUGUUGCCAUACUGCUAUCGGGCGACUAAGUAUGUAGUAGCCAAACAACAAGUCG